AUGUCCCUGCGGUGUUCUCGUGUGCCUCUUGUUGUCCGUAGUACUCUGUCUCACUGCUUUAGGCCUCAAGUUCCAGUAACAUACAGGCCCUUCUUAUGCGGUGCACUGCAGCCUAAGAACAUCAACAAACGUUUACGUAGCAAUGUUCUGCUUGGCCAAAGGGCCUACUUUUCCUGUGAGACAACCCCAUCUUCUGACAUAGCUUUUAGCCUAUCCUUCUCAUACUUUGGUAAAGAUGCCAAAUCUUUCACCUACCAUGGAAACAGGAAACGUAGUUAGUUGGGCCAAGAAAGAAGGUGAUGAGAUAAGCGAAGGGGAAUUGCUAGCGGAAAUAGAGACAGAUAAAGCCACAAUGUCUUUCGAAGCUGGUGAAUCCGGUUACCUUGCGAAAAUCUUGGCCCCGGCAGGCACCAAGAACGUGGCUGUGGGAAAACCACUAUGCAUCAUCGUUGAAGACAGCGAUUCCGUUGCAGCCUUCAAGGACUAUGCCUCAGACGACUCUUCUCC